AAUGCCGUAAACUGGUACGUGACGCCUGUGACGUCACAAAACGUACGGAACUUAUACUGAAAACAUAAAGAAUAUUAGAAGGAUUUUUUUUACACCCUAAAAAUUACAUUUUGAACACACGCAUUCAUUUUGAACUGUCUCACGAGCGUCCGCCUACAUAACCGGAAGUGUACGAGAGUGGGAGUUCUUUACUAGAAGAAGAAGAAGACGACUACGACGAAGAAGAAGAAGAAGAAGAAGAAGACAAAUAACAACACGGAGGACAGUUUGUUUUUUCACCUGGGGAUUACACUUUCAUCCUAUAUCUACUUUAUAUUUUUUCUACAUUUAUACUACAGUCGGUAACCGUUAACUGUGGUUUGGACUGCGUUUCCUGUAUUUUUAUUCUUGGAACAUUAUUUUAUCACCGUCGCCCACCUUGUGUUGAUGUAUGAUUUUAAGUGACGGUUGUCCAACUUAGGAGUUCUAACAUUUGCUGACUCUGCAAACUUGAGAUGAGUUGAAGACACCGGGAAGGAGCACCCAAAUAUUUUGUCAGGUGAUGAGAGUUGAGAAGCUUUAGCUACAAUUCAGAGAUAUCAUGGAGAAUGACUGCAGGCCUCUGCUGAGCUCAGAGCAGCAUCAGAGUUACUCACACAGGGGAUCCACAGACUCACUGGACUUUAACGCGAAAAGGCCUUUCCACGUGGAGCCCAGGAACAUUGUUGAUGAUGACCCACAGGAAAGAGUGUCUGCUGAGGCUGCCAUUCUCAACAGCAGGGUCCAUUAUUACAGUAGACUGACGGGGUCUUCUGACAGACUGCUAAGUCCUCCAAACCAUGUGAUCCCCCACCCAGAGGAGAUCUACAUCUACAGCCCUCUUGGUACAGCUUUUAAAGUGACAGGCCCUGACCAUUCUUCUAAAAACCCCAGUAUCAUCACCAUAUUUGCUAUAUGGAACACAAUGAUGGGCACAUCUAUACUCAGCAUACCUUGGGGCAUAAAGCAGGCUGGUUUCACUCUGGGGAUCCUCAUCCUCAUCUUCACAGGCCUGCUUAUGCUCUACUGUUGUUACAUUGUCCUGAAAUCGCCAAAGGCAAUACCCUAUGUUGACACAUCUGACUGGGAAUUCCCUGAUGUUUGCCGGUACUACUUUGGCAAGUUUGGCCAGUGGUCCAGCUUAGUCUUUUCGAUGGUGUCACUUAUUGGAGCCAUGGUGGUUUAUUGGGUCCUUAUGUCCAAUUUCCUUUAUAACACAGGACAAUUCAUCUACAACUAUGCUCACAAUGUCAACAUGUCAGAUUCAGAGUAUGGAACCAAUGCCUCUGAUAAAGUCAUCUGUCCGUACCCAAAGACCGACCCUAGAUGGAACUACACCAUCAGCACACUUUAUCUUGGCAAAAAUGGAAAUGAUACUUCAGAUACUGGCUCUUUUGGACAAUGGUGGAGCAAAACCAACACCAUCCCCCUCUACCUGAUCAUCCUGCUGCUGCCGCUGCUCUGCUUUCGCUCAGCCUCCUUCUUCGCAAGGUUCACCUUCUUGGGCACUUUAUCUGUGGUCUACCUGAUUGCACUGGUCACUGUUAAAGCUGUCCACCUUGGCUUCCACCUAGACUUCCACUGGUUUGAUGCAGCCCAGUUCUAUGUUCCAGAGUUCAGAUUACUCUUCCCUCAGCUGACUGGUGUCCUCACUCUGGCCUUCUUCAUUCACAACUGCAUCAUCACAUUAAUGAAGAGCAACAAGCACCAAGAGAACAAUGUGCGAGACCUGUCUGUGGCUUAUCUUCUUGUAGGGCUGACCUAUCUUUAUGUGGGAGUAUUGAUCUUUGCAGCCUUUCCCUCACCACCGCUCUCCAAAGACUGUAUUGAACCAAACUUUUUGGAUAACUUCCUCAGUAGCGAUGUGAUGGUGUUUGUGGCGCGGACCUUCCUGUUGUUCCAGAUGAUCACGGUCUAUCCCCUUUUGGGAUACUUGGUGCGGGUCCAAAUAAUGGGCCAGAUAUUUGGCAGUCAUUACCCCAGUUUCUUCCAUGUUCUGGCACUGAACAUCUUAAUUGUUGGAGCUGGUGUCCUGAUGGCUAAGUUUUAUCCCAACAUUGGAUCCAUCAUACGGUUUUCUGGCGCAACAUGUGGCUUGGCUUUAGUGUUUGUUUUUCCGGCCUUAGUCCACAUGAUCUCUCUGAGAAGGCAGGGGGCACUCCACUGGCCGUCAGCUCUGUUCCACAGUUUCCUGAUCCUGCUGGGCAUAGCCAACCUGCUGGCUCAGUUUUUCAUGUAGAGAAACAGUAAUCUACUUUUCACCAUCCAGAACCAUCUUCAUCACAUCUUUUAAUCUAAAAAUUUCUGAUAAAAUUUUCCUUGCAGAUCAUUUCAAAUAAUUACAUUUUCUUGUAGAUUCAAACAUUAUUUCAAUCAAACAUGAAUUUUACAAUUCUUGUGAACUUUGAAGGAGCUGUAGUUGACUUUUUUUUUUUUUUAUCCUAAUAUUGAAUCAAAUCACUGUAUUUAAUGUGAGGGGUGUGGCUAUGAUGAACCUACAGAGAAUAAUCUACAGAAUAUUCAGAUGCACUUGGCUAUUUGAAGUUUUAUGGUGAAUUUCAUCUCUUUGCUGUUGGACCCACAACUGUUUUGGUUCACUUUGAUCACUCUGCCGCAGCAAGCAGCUGUUUUCAUAGAGAAGGCUCUAAAACUCCACUACACAUCAGACUGACAAACAGUUAGGGACCAUAAUGGCUAAAGUCUCUGAUAUUUCCCUCGGGAGUUGGUGGAGACCAAAAAUAGAGCUGAAUAUUUUAUUCAUCAGACAGACACAAACAGCACUCGAGGAGAAUUACAAUGUUGCUCCUUCACUGCUAGAUGUGUAAAGCUGCAUAGAACAGCCCAGACCCAGACCCAGAACCAGAGCCGGACUCAAACUCAGAACCCUCUUGCUGUGAGACGACAGUGCUAAGCCUCACGACAUUGUGCUGUCCCAUACAUGUUAAUGUAUACAACUUGGUUUUUGCCGCCCCCAAGAGUACAAAAAAAAUAUUAUUGUAAAAUUGAAGUUAUUGCAGGUUCAAAUUUCUUGUUCUUGUUGAAUUCUUAUUUUGUAGAUACUAUGCUAUAUUAUAAUAUGUUGGAUUUUACUAAUGAUAGGAUAGACAAAGUGAAAAUGUGUGUGAAAAUAAACCAUCUUUAAUCUGUAAGAACUGUAGGCUCCUGUUUGUUUUUACUAAUUGUGUUAAAAAAUUUGUUUCAUUUAUAUUUAUUUGAAUCUUUUUGUCUAUCAUUAAUAACAUUGUACCCACCAAUUUAAAGCUGAGUUCUGAAAAAACAGUGAUUAAGUCACUAAAGAGACUAGGAGUAAUUUUUAUUCCAUUCGACAGUUCUGUUUAUUUAUAUAGCACCAUAUCACCACAAAAGUUGUCUUUUGACAGUAGAGCAGGUCUGGUGUUUAAUAUACUGACCCAACAUUCUCCAUUGAGUUUGGGUUGAAAGAGGGAAAGUGAGUGUGUGUGUGUGUGUGUUUGCUUGGGGGGAGUGGUAAUGGUAUAGUAAUGGUAUCUAUUGUAACUCCUAUAGUACUAAAAUUAAUAAUAAUAUAGUGUGACUGGGACAUGAACAUUUACAGAUGGAGAGAGAGAGGAUGUGAGAGAAGCUCAAUAUAUCAAGGGAAAUCCCCCAGCCGCUUACUGUAUAACAGCAUUAUUAAGGGCUAGCCUAAGCCAUACAAGCUUUAUCAAAAAGGAACGUUUUAAGCCUUCUCCUAAACAUAGAGAGGCUCAUGUCCCAUGUGAAACUUAUUUUUGGACAAUGUAAAUAUUAUUUUCAUUUUAAAAUAAAAAUUAAGUUACA